CCCUCAAACAAAUUCGAGUGAAAUUUUUAGUGCGAUUAGAAUUUCUGUUUCUCAGCGAAGCACACACAACGACACGUAUAAAUUUUUAUAUAUAUUUAGAGUGUUUGGUACAUUUACUUACAUAUUUAAUUAUGGAUUGCUGCAAGGAGAAGGAUUUGUAUUCGGGUGGCAACGACUGCGUGCCCACGCGCAUUGAAUUGCAGCCCACGUCGGCGUGUCCGGCGCCGCUCAUCUGCCCACCACCACCAGAUGGAGCACGAUGCCUGCUGCCCUUGGAGCCAGCAGCAGUCGGCAUAGCGCCACAGCAAUUGGAGAUGCAUCAUGCCAUGCAGGAGCAUAUCAAAAAGGCCAUAGUAGAGCCGGCAGAGCAGCAUCAACAGUUGCAGGCUGAUCUGCAGGCGGGCGUAGACAAUCAGCAGCAACAGCUGAUGGACAUGCGACAGGAUCAAUAUCAGGAGGCGCAUAAGCCGCUCAAGACGGAGGAAGUGAACUUUGCACGUGCAAUAAAUCCCGAUGCAGAUAAUUUGCAGAAUCCACCUUGCUACUUGCCACAGCCUGGCGACGAUAUGCCGCACAAGGAUCAGGGCACGCCCAUGGGACCGAUUGGACCUUGGGCCACAGGCAAGGUAGACUGGAGUCCCAUGGCAGGCUUGACAGGCACACGUCCCGUAGUCGAUCGUUACUCCAUCACACGCUUUAGUCCCAACGAAUGGCGCGCUAGAAAUCAAAAUACAGUGCAGUAUAUUAACGGCGUGCUGGACAGAGCCGAUAAAAAUCGCUUUAGUGCCAGCACUGAGUAUCAGCGUCUGUCGGCGCUGGUGACCAAGACACAGAACGAAACGACGGCCAAGCUACGCCAGCGCACACAGCUGGUGGGCAAAUGGAAGAAUACGCUGGAGAAUGCCAUCAAGGCAAUGGCCGAGGAGAUUUCCACAAUGGAGGAGCAGCGCAUACGCUUGCGCAAGUCGCUGGUGAUACUCGGCGUGCCCGAGUCCAUAGUUAAGGAGUGCAUAGAGAAGCGCUGUGGACGCACUGAAACGGAGCUGGUGCGUGAUCAGACCGAGGAGGAGCUGGUCAAUGAGCUGGCGCUGAUUGCUGAAAUACGGCGGCAGCUGAAGAAAACUUUGGAGGACUUUGAGUCGCAGCAGGUGGAGAAUCGCACGGCCAGGCAGCGGCUGGAGUAUGACUGGAGCGAUAAGCAGGAGGCCUAUGCCAUAGACACCAUUAAUCUGGGCUUGAACAACAAUUCGCGCACCAUUAUGUUUCAUCCGGGCGCUGUGCGCCAGCCGCCCGAGCAGGCGUCCGAGAAGUACUGGGAGUACUUUAGCCUGGAAACGCUGGAGGAGUGCGAAAAGUGUCGCCAGAAGUCGAUGGCGCUGCGUGCCACAUUGAACGCCAUAUUGAACAAUGCUGCCCGAGAUAUACGCAGCCAGGCGGAUAUAGUGGAGCGCUCGCUUACCUCGCGCAUCAACUGCACCCAGGAGGCGGUGCAGCGCUUCGAGAACGAUUUGCAUACUGUGCUGCAGAAUCUGGCGGACACCGAGACGCGCAUACUCUUGCUGCAGAAUCGCAUACGCAGCUUCGAUAGCGCCAUGAAAGUGGCCCAGACACGCAUGGACAAUCGCAACUAUCGUCCCAAUGUGGAGAGCUGUCGCGAUGUGGCCCAACAGCAUUUGAUUGAUGAAGUGCACACCGUGCAGAGCAGCGUCACUGCCAUGGAGCACGAGAUGACUGCAGCGGAGCGCACCCGGGACGACCUUGUGGCCGCCCGCUACAAGCUCGAGCGUGAGAUUAUGCUCAAGCGUCGCACUCUGCUCAUGGAUCGGGAGCGUUGCAUGCUGCUGCGCUCGCAUUAUCCCUCAGCGGAUGCUUUGAGUGGCUCCGGCUCGUUUUAA